CCCUCUCCAGCCUUGCCCCAUCCAGGACAAGGAAUUCCCACCCCACCUCUUUUCAUAUCAAGCUUGGCUCAGUAAUCGCAGUGAAGACAAACAGAUCGCCAAUGAUAUUGUGAAAUUAUUUUCGCCCUUUGAGCUCCAGCCCUGAUCGAGCAGAAAGAGAAUAGAAAUCCUUGAUCAAAGCCAGAGGCAGAGAGAAAAGAUGGAUCUCCUUCCAAGCUUCUCCACUGAGACGUGGUCCUUUCUCAUUGUCCUUCUGGGCCUUUUCAUGCUAUAUGGAAUUUGGCCAUACAGCCAUUUCCGAAAUCUGGGCAUUCCGGGUCCGAGGCCAGUGCCUUUCUUCGGAAAUCUCUUGUCAUAUCGUAAGGGGUUCAUGAACUUUGAUACAGAGUGCUUUCAGAAAUAUGGGAGGAACUGGGGGUUUUACGAUGGCCGGCAACCUAUAUUAGCCACGCUGGAUCCUGUCAUUAUUAAAACUGUCCUCGUGAAAGAGUGCUACUCCACCUUCACCAACCGCCGGAAUGUAGGUUUAGGUGGGCUGUUUGAGUCUGCCAUCACGAUGGUAAAGGACGAACAAUGGAAGAGGAUUCGCACUGUGCUCUCUCCAACCUUCACCAGUGGAAAACUAAAGGAGAUGUUUCCCAUCAUCAAACGCUACGGGGAGGUCCUGAUCCAGAACGUUCAGAAGAAAGUGGAAAAGGAUGAGCUUCUGGUUGCCAAGGACGUCUUUGGGGCCUUCAGCAUGGAUGUGAUCACCAGCACUUCGUUUGGUGUGGACCUUGACUCUAUGAACAACCCUGAUGACCGUUUUGUCAAGGAGAUCAAGAAACUCACCAAGUUUUCCUUUAAUCUACGUAUACUUUUAAUAUUUGUGUUCCCGUUUGUGGUUCCUCUCCUCAGGUUAAUGAAGAUCACUUUCUUCAACCCAGAAGCUAUGAACUUCUUUGAGAGGUCAUUUGCAAAAAUGAAGGCGACACGGGAGAAAGAAGGCCAGGGGGGCCGGGUGGAUUUCCUGCAGCUGAUGAUCAACUCCCAGAAGUCCAACAGCGAGCACCAGAGCAAUGGUUUGGAUCCCUCCUAUAAAGGAUUGACCGAUGAUGAAAUCCUGGCCCAAGCCUUCACCUUUGUCUUUGGUGGAUACGAAACCAACAGCAACUCCUUGGGUUAUAUGGCCUACUUUUUAGCCAUUCACCCAGAUGUCCAGCAGAAGCUUCAAGCUGAGAUAGAUACGAUCCUGCCCAACAAGGCUCCUCUCACCUACGACGCCAUCAUGCAACUGGAGUAUCUUGACAUGGUCCUGAAUGAAACGCAAAGGCUGUAUCCUUUCGGAGGGAGGCUCGAAAGGCUCUGCAAGAAAGAUGUUGAAAUCAAUGGCGUGACUAUCCCGAAAGGCACAUUGGUGAUGAUCCCACCCUACACGCUUCAUCGGGACCCCGAAUACUGGCCGGAACCUGAUGAGUUCAGACCUGAGAGGUUUAGCAAAGAGAACAAGGACAAAAUAGAUCCCUACACGUACCUUCCCUUUGGAGCUGGUCCCCGGAACUGCCUGGGAAUGCGGUUUGCUCUCGUCACGAUGAAGGUGGCUAUUGCAAUCCUGAUGCAGCAUUUCUCCUUCAGGGUCUGCAAAGAAACUCCGAUUCCUCUGGAGAUGAGCAACGAAGCCUUCUUAGUGCCAAAGAAACCAAUAGUUCUGAAGCUGGUGCCACGAGGUGAUCCGAUGGAGAAGGGGGAGUGAAGCCUGGCCCUGGCCCUUGGUAGAAGAUGGAAAAGCCUCAGGUGCUGCUUUGAGAAAAUUCCCCGAAGAGAACUUCAAAUAGUUCCAGAGGAUCAGAACGAUUUGCAAACCGAAACAGAGCUCUCUGAAAAUUCGUGCAUCUCCGAAUUUAGCACUGCAGUUUUCCAGCCAACGAAUGCACACAAAAUGGGAGUCAUUAGUGCAUCGCCAAAAAUGUGUAUCUUGGCGAAAGUAACAUUAAAUGAUGUGUUCUAGGCAGGAUAAACCAAAAUGCUUGCAUUCUUU